AUGGCUGCGAAAUUAAAGUUGGAAGACAAUACAACACCAAACCAUUCAAACGCUUAUGCGCCAGAAUACAUGGGAGAGCCUCAAAAUCCUUCACAAGACAACUUAGUGCGUCCUUCGGUUAUGUUUUCAAACAAUCAAGCAGGUCUUGCUCAAAGCUAUCCAGACAAUGGACAAGCUAUUUCUCAAAACCAACAACUUCAGUUUGUCCCACAGGCUAACACAGCAAAUACCAUUAUCACUCAUGGACAAAUUCUGCAGCCUUUUUCCAACGAGCUGAAUCAGAAUUACUAUCUAAGCAGAUCAAGCUACGAAGGAAGCAAUGAUGGUCUUCUAAGCCAUGGAGGCUCUUCGAACACGGCCCACCGCACAUCCACUCCUUCAUUCGCCCAACAAGUUCCUCAACAGCAACAGCAAUAUCUCCAGCAGCAGCAGCAACAGCAGCAGCAACAGCAGUUUCAUCAUCUUCCUUUUCAAGUACCAGAACAGCAAGCGUACUACUCCUCUGAAAAUCUGAACCUAUUUAAUAUGCUGAAUUCAGUCGAAUUAAGUCAUUCGUUAAAUACGUCACAGCAAUAUAUUGACAUGCCAAAGAGACGAAAGAUAAGUUAUAGCUCCUCAAAUAAAAAUUCAAACACACAAAUGUUGCAGACUCCCGAGAAUUCCAAAAGAAGCUCAUCUGGAAGUUUCCCGUCACUAAUACCUAAGAAACCCAGAAUUGCAACUACCUUUUGGGAAAACGAAAAUACUAUUUGCUACCAGGUGGAGUACAAUAAAAUAGUUGUGUCCCGACGUCAAGAUUCAAAUUACAUAAAUGCUACUAAACUAUUGAAUGCUACAGGAAUUUCUCGAGGUAAAAGGGAUGGAAUUUUGAAGGCAGAAAAGACUAAAGAAGUUGUCAAAGUAGGAUCUAUGAAAUUAAAGGGGGUUUGGUUACCUUUUGAAAGAGCAGCAGAGUUUGCAAGAAAUGAAGGGUUUGAUGAACUAUUGUAUCCUUUGUUUGUAAAGGAUAUAAAAGGAUAUUUGCGAAAUACUGAGAGUCAAACGAAAUCUUGGGAUCCUUUAGCAUCACCAACUGAGUGA